AUGUUUAAUGGCAGGAGGUUCAUGAUGAAGAACAUUGAGAUAAAAUAUACAACGACACAUGAAUGGAUUGAAUUUCUCAAUUCAAAGGCGUGUAAUGUUGGGAUCACUGAACGGAUUCAGGAGAUCUAUAGCAGCGUUGUUUUUAUAGAGUUACCCAUUCUCGGUGAAUACGAGCAGGGCGAAAUUAUUGGACGCAUUGAAACAUCAGACGGGAGAAAUUUCUAUAUUUACGCACCUGUAACGGGUGAAGUUUACGAAAUCAACGCGGCUAUUGAAGAUGAUAUUGAACUUCUCAACCGUUUUCCAGAAGGAGAUGGAUGGAUUUGUAAAUUCCGACUUGAGAACUCAAAUGAAAUAGACACGCUCCUUAGCCGGAAAGAAUACGAGGAACAUGAAGAGGAGGAGCUCAACGAAGAUGAGUACUUGCCAGAAACGAAUUUUUACGAUAACAUUGAGGACUAUUGA